GGAGGAGGUGACCGCCCCGCUGCAGGAGAAAGGCGCCCAGAGUCCCCCAGCCGCUGCCAAGAAGCCGCGGGGCCGCAGCAUCCUCCAGUCCCUCUUCUGCUGCCUGUGCCACGAUGACACCGAGCCCUUCUCCGUCAACAACAAUGCCCCGCUGCUGGUGGAGGAGAAUGGCACCGUGCCCAAGGCUGCAGUCAAGCACCUCCUGCCCGAAAUCAAGCCGCAGGACGCCAGCAAGCUGUGCGUGGUCAUCGACCUGGACGAGACGCUGGUGCACAGCUCCUUCAAGCCGGUGAACAACGCCGACUUCAUCAUUCCGGUGGAAAUCGAUGGUAUCAUGCACCAGGUGUAUGUGCUGAAGCGGCCGCACGUGGACGAGUUCCUGCAGCGCAUGGGAGAGCUUUUCGAGUGCGUGCUCUUCACUGCCAGCCUGGCCAAGUACGCGGACCCCGUGGCCGACCUGCUGGAUAAAUGGGGGGCAUUCCGUGCCCGGCUCUUCCGCGAGUCCUGCGUCUUCCACCGGGGCAACUACGUGAAGGACCUGAGCCGCCUGGGCCGCGACCUGCGCCGCAUCAUCAUCGUGGACAAUUCGCCUGCCUCCUACAUCUUCCACCCUGACAACGCUGUGCCGGUGGCGUCGUGGUUCGACAACAUGGCAGACACGGAGCUGCUGGACCUGCUGCCCUUCUUCGAGAGACUCAGCAAAGUGGACGACGUUUACACAGUGCUCAAGAAACAGCGGACUAACAGCUAAUGGUGCCCCGGCGGGGCUGGAGGUGGUGGCCCGGUGGCAGCCCUACUGGAGGGCUGCGGGGAUCCCGGUGUCCCCCCAUCACCACCCCAUUCCCCGCUGCGAUGGUCACGGUGGGUGCUCCACGCAGAAGGGGUGCCUGGGGGUGACCCGCUGGGGACAUGCUCAGAGGGGUCCCAUCCUCUUGCUGCCCCCACCUCCCCAAAACAGUUCUCAGGUCCUUUUCCCCUCUGCAUCCCCUGGAGUGGGGAGGGGAGUUAAGCAGCUGCUGCUUUCCACUGCCUUUUGGGGGAACCUGCCCCCCCCAGCCUUUGCCUGAUGGGGGGACUGGCAGCCCUUGGCCCCCAGCAGGGGGCUGCUGCCAAGCGUGGGUCCCGUUGGUUUUGGGGGCCACUGCCGUGCCCCCAGCUCUGCCUUUUGUGCAGCUGAUCACUUUGGUGGGGGCACCACUCUACACACCCCCUUGUGCCUUCUGGUGCCCCCCCCACCUCCAGGGGUGCAUUUUGGGGGGGCUGAGCCCCCGGCUGUUAAUGCCUCUGUGUGCCUUGGGACAACCUGUCUCUAUGUGUCCCCCCUGCAAUAGAGGUGCCUGGGGAGGGGCUACUAAAUCACCCCCUCCAACCUCACUUUCUUCCCACGGGGUGGGGCUUCUGGUAGCCUCCCCCCCCUUUCCCCCCAGUGCCGCUGUGGCAAUGGGAGCCACUCCACUCACCAGCAGGCGUUCCCUGCCUUGCGGGGGGGCACACACCCUCUAUCCCCAUCCCUUAGCAGUGUCACCAAAGGCUGUGACUCCCAGUGGAGGGGACCCUGUACAAGCCUUAAUGUAACACCCCACUCCCUACCUCCCAUGGCCUUAUACCAGCCCUGCCCCCCUCCCUCUUGCCAGGGGUCCCCCAGCCUCGAGGGGACAGAGGGCUCUCAGGGAGGGGGUGUUUUUUUUAAGUGGAGGGGGAGCGUAUUUUUUAGAGUCUAUCUAUGGACAAUGAUAUAUUUUUAAGGGGGAAAAAGCAACAGUUUCCCAUAUAA